AUGGCUCUGCUGGUCUCACUUCCCGGAAGGAUUCUGGACAUGGCUUGGAUCCUGCUUCUGCUGCUGCCAGCAGCCUGCCUGCAAGCUGGGAACUCAGCAGGAUUCAACAGAGUAAAUUACUUUGGGGUCCACCAACCAGCACACCUCUCUGGUGUCCAGGGUGAGUCCAUUGAGAUACCCUUCAACUUCUCCUUCCCCUGGGAGUUGGCAAAGCCUCCACAGAUGAUGAUUCUCUGGAGAUGGAAGACAUUCCAUGGGGAACUGAUCUACCACUCUUCCUUGGGUUUAAUACAUAAGCAUUUCAAGGACCGGCUCAUCCUGAACUGGACACAGCCUCAGACAUCUGGAGCCCUCAGAAUCCUGGACUUGAAGAAGAAGGACCAGACAGUGUACUUCUGCCGAGUUCAUUGGAAUACAAAAAGAGGCGUGCAGAGUUGGCAGUCUAUUGAUGGAACCCAACUCACCAUCACCCAGGCAGUCAGCACCACCAUGCAGAGCCCCUCCAUCGUCACCUCUGCAGUCACCACAGCUGGACUGGAGGACACAGAGGGCCAGAGGAAUCCUUCACUUGUGAACAUAGGAGCCAUUAUUGGGGUGGUGGUGGCCACAACUGUGCUCAUAACCCCCGUCUAUGUGAUGCUGAUCUUCCUCUGGUGGAAGAAAAGGCCAGCAGACUAA